GCCGCGCUCUGAUUGGCUGCAAUGUCGACAUGUCUGAGCACGUCACAAUCAAACAACACGGUGUGUAAUUGAUACCGUCCACGAAGAAAAAACACGGCUGGAAUUCUAGAAUUUUGAGGCAGAGAAGUGACAGUUACCAUGGAGUCCGUCGUCAAGGAUGGACUCUAAAACGCCCAGUGACAUCAGAAAAACUUCACAGUACAGAAACGACUAGUUUAAUGCAGUCUAAUAAGAUGAUGUUGCCCUUGUCAAGGACAAAGGGAACAUAAAGUAGGGAAGGAUGGGUGGUGCUGGUGUUAGCAGAAAUGUUAGAAAGCCAGAUAAACUAGUUGUAGUGGUUGGAGAGGAAGUAUAGCCAGGAGAGCAACACAAUUGGCUUACAGAGUUGCAAAAAUUCAGUGUUGAAUUGGGUAAGCCAUUUUGACAAUUAAUACAGCAGAUACAAAUAAUUGGCUGAUGGAGUACAGUGAGAGAGUGCUGUGUGGGACCGGGGAGGUGGAGCUGGACCCCAACAUCGUGAGUGAAGAGGCAGGAAAACUGUAUUCAGAGCUACAGACAGUUAUUGAGGCCCAUGGCGAAGGUGUGGUGGAGUCGCUGGUGCCCAUAUUUGUGUGGGUUCUGGAGGGGCUGGCCAGCUGCAAAGCCCAGCUGAGAGACAGGGAGGAGGAGGCGGAGAGGGAGAAAGCUGAGCGAGAAGAGCUGCUGCAGAGAUACCAAGCAGAGAAAGCGCUCAGGAAAGAAAGUCAAGAGAGGUAUCUGGAGCUGGAUGACCAAAUUGAACAAGAGAGGAGAGCCAUAAAGGGGAGGGAAAAGGAGAGAGAGCGGCGAGGGAGAGAGCUGGAGAAGAAAGCAAGAGGGCAAGCUGAUCAGUUGGUGGCCUUGGAAGAGCAGAAGGCAAAUCUGAGUAGAGAACUGAGCACACUGAGACACACUCACCACAAGCUGGCUCACACACAUCGGGAACUUUUGGAAAAGAGAAAGGAUUCUGAAAGAGAUUCUCCUUUAAGAAAUCAUGUGCGUCCCAAGAAUGCUGAAUUUCCGUCCAACCAAGUCUUGUCACAAUCCAGUGUGAAUGAAAAGAUGAUUCGAAGACCAUAUUCACAUUCUGGUCCCCCCUGUUUAGAAGAUUUAGUAGCCAAGGAAGAAAAGGCGAUUGACAUUGCAGCAAAGCCCGCCGCAGAUCAGUUUAUCAAUGACAUCAUAAGCUCCACUCCUGAGCUGAGGCAAUUUCAUGACAGUGGGAAUGAAAGCACCCCAGUUAGACCAAACAGCGAAGAGCCACCGAGUGAUGAGUCGAAGACCAACGUGGAGGACGAGAUGACGGAGGUGGUGGAGCACAAAGUAGAAGAGGUGCAGAGAGGAGAGGGGCAGGAAAAAGACGAGGAGGAGGAAGUGGAGGAAGAAGAGAGUCUGGAGUGGGAGCUGCGCAACACUGACUCUGUGUUCUCUGAGCUGUCGGAGCUGAGUCGGGAUUAUUUGGAGAGUGUAGACCGAGGGGCCAGUGUCAGAGGCAGUGCAGACCAGUUUGAGGAGAUUCUUUCUCAGUAUGAGGAACUGAAAGUCACCCAUGAAUUAGUAGAAGCUGCCCGUAAGGCUUUGAUAUCUCGAGUAGUAGAGCUCACUGAUGACCGUUCAGCUCUUAAACUGGAGGUGACCUCUCUUCAGGAAACAGUCUCACGACUGGAGGCGCGGAUGAAGGAGAAGGAAGAGGAAACUAAGAGACUUCGGAAAGAACUGGAAGCAUGCCAAUCUGAGGAUCCUGAUGCUUCUCUGCCCACAUCCAUGCGCCACUUCUCUCGUUCUGAAAUGGCUCGCGUGGUCAUGGAGAAGAACCAAUACAAGCAGCGUCUCUUUGAGCUGCAGGAGGCUGUAAGACGCAGUCAGACACUCAGAGCAACAAAGGAUGAGAGGUUAACAGAGGACAAAAGAUCAAGUGUUUGGAGAAAGUUCAACCGCUUGUUUGGCCUGACCAAGGUUCCCCUAAUCCCACCUUCUGCAUUUGCCCUGCAAACUUCUCCGUCACUCAGUCGCUCUCCUCUGGGGUCUCCACAACUACCGGUUGUCAAUCAUACUCAUGCUGAAUCUGCUUCUCCUGCUGCUCUCUCCCCUCGUGUCAGGAGGAGAGAACUCUACAGAGAAAUUCGCACCCACAUUUGGGCAUCGCUUGGAAAACGGCAGAUUCACGGCUGGAGCACACCGCUGGCGAACACACAGGAAUCCCAAGAACCUGUCCCCGAGCCUAAGGAUGUGCCUGUUCUAAUGCAGCUCAGACUGCUGGAUCAAAGAGACUCCACAGCUAAGCUGAACUGUGCGGUUGCAGUCACGCCUGACAUCUCAGGAGAGGCCACAUGUUCUGUGUGGGUAGUUUCUGGCCCUGCCUCCUGCAGCGAUAUUACAGUGAUUGAUCCAGCACGGUCCAACACAGUACUGGAUCAGUUCAGCCUCCCUCCCACAGCUCCUGCCCUCUGCAUCUGUGCUGUGCCUCCCCGAGGGGACACUGCAGGAACUGUGUGGAUUGGAACUCAGGAAGGAAGUAUACUGGUACACUCAGCCUCUGCUGGCAGAAGGCGCUGUCUGCAGUCUGUUUCUCUCACAGAAGGUGUUCAUUCACUCAUGUACUCCCAGGGUCAAGUCAUAGCUGGCUUAGCUGACGGGACUUUAGCAUUUUUUUCACACAGUUCAGGUGGCUGGAAUCUACAGUCACACUCGGUGAUGCCUCUUGGACCAACUCCUCUGCAGCCCAUUCGCUGCUGCCUUGCAAAAGGUGGCCGUUUGUGGGUGGGAUAUUGGAACAGAGUCCAUGUGGUUGACGUUGACAGCAAGAAGGUUGAGCAAUCAUUCUUAGUCUCUGAACGCAGUGAGCAGCAGGUUCGUUUCCUGUGUGCUGGUGGAAGCGGUGUUUGGACGUCCUGCCGACUUGACCCAAUCCUCAGACUAUUUGACUGGUCCACAGGACGGCCGCUACAGGAAGUCGAUUUUACUGCUUUAGUCACUAAAACAUUAGGCCAAGCCUUCCUGUCACUCUCACCUCUCCAGAUCUCGUCUCUCUCUGUCAUCUCUGGCUGUCUGUGGGUGGGCACAGGAGGUGGUGCCAUUUUCUCCAUCCCAUUAUCCAUAACAUCAGAGGCUGUUUCCAUCCCAUAUUGCUCCAUUUCAUCAGCCCAGCUGUGUUACCAUGGACACAGACAAGCUGUCAGGUUCAUCAUUGCUGCACCUGGUUGUUUGAUCGUCUCUCCUGGCAGCAGCACCGUCACUACCUCUCAGGUUAUCCUCAGUGGAGGAGAGGGAUACAUCAACCUCCGAAUUGGAGACGAUGCAAAUGAGGGAUCAGUUGAGUUAUCCCAAGCUACGCCUCAGCGGUCCGAACGCAGUCACAUGAUCAUCUGGCAGAAUCCCACCCCCUCCGUGCCCAGCCCGGCCCUCUGACAUUUAACAUCAUCUCCUAGUUCUGCCCUUUUGGAAUGAGAUAAAGAAGGAGCGGACAUACACUGUACACCAGCAAAGCUAGAGACAACAUGGGAAAUGGUGCUUUCAUGGAACUGAAUCAACCAGCCUCUCAGUGUAGCAGCAAUAAAAGUAUCCUCUAAAUAUAUACUGUGUAUGAUAUGUGCUGUUACAUCCUUGUUUACCUCAUUCAUUUUGAACAUCUAUCUUUUGACUGGAUAUUUCUGAUGGAUGUUGAUGCCUUUCUUUGUGCCUUCAUCUGAUUUUAUAUAAUUUCUGUAAAACUGGUCAGCCGAAUGAUUGUUACUAUCUAAUUUUUACCUUUGCACUAACAAUACAUACCGUUUCCCUGAAAUACAGCUCUUCAUUCCACCCGGGGGCCACCAGGUCUUUCUCUCCUACAUCUCUGGAUCAUAAAGUUUAACUUAAUAAUGUGGCUGCUCUUGAAGCUGCUGUGUACAUACUUUGUUGUAAACUGUGAACUGGAAACAUGUAUUGAUCUUUUCUCAGCAUACAGACAAUCAAACACUUAUUAUCUCCUGAUGCUACAUUGAGAUUGGGGAUAACUUCUUUUGAUUGUGAUGGGGUUUUCUUUUCUUUUCAAAUUCUACCCUUUCACAUUGCAUGUGGUGUAAUUACAAACUGCACAUUUUAAAUGUGUCUGUAUAAAAAUGUGAUAUCCCAUCAUCUAUAUGAACUAUUUCAGUUGUCCUUAGAAAUUAUUUAUUUUCUCAAUCAGUUAUUUUCCCAAAGUCUUUGGAUGUCUUAAUUUGUUUUGUCUGAUUUCAGUAUCUUUUGUAAAAUAAGGGAGAUAAAUUCUUUCAAGUGUCCUAUGCAGUAUUUAUGUGCAAUUACACGUUUGUGCACUCAUGUUGAUGUCAUAGCAUCUCCUUAUCCUUCUUGGAAAGAAAAUUAAGACUUAAGUAUUCGUUCUGACUCGACCUUGUGCAAACAUGAUUAUUGUCAUUAAAAAUGUCUUCAAUGGUGAA